AUGAUCUCAUUGAUUCUAAUUAUUGCGAUAUGCAGAUUUGUCAAUGUAUUAGGGAAUAGUUGUCCCGACGGUUAUAAAUUAAUAGAUUUUGAAAUACUUGGAGGAACUAUUGAUCCCAUUCCAUCUAUAUAUCAAGGUCUUACUUGGCUAGAUGCUUACUAUAUGAUAGCUUCACUGGAACCAGGAAGCGGAUAUGAAGUUCCAUUACGUAGCGGCGGAUACAUUGCUUUCAACGCACACGGAGCUCAGAUGUCAAUCGGUGCUCCUGCAUCAUCCAGUAUCGCUGUACAUUCAUUUGUAGCGGCCGCGGCUUGGAAUAACGAUUUAGUUCUGACAAUAACCGGUGAUCGCAAUGGGGCAACUGUUUAUAGUGAACAAGUAAUUCUCAACACUACUUCAGCAACAGACGUUGUAUUAAAUUGGACAAAUAUCGACAACAUUUCAUUUUCAACAUCUGGAGGUGUUCCUGCAAAUGCUAACUCAACUGGAAAUGGUACACAUUUUGCUAUGGAUGAUCUAUGCGUAUUAAAAGAGCAAAAGCGACAGCCAGAAAUUCUAUACAAAUGUGAUUAUUGGGGUGAUCCGCAAUUAAUUACAUUUCCAAAACAUGCCAAUGAAUUUGCUUCUAGUUCUUGGUGUCAAAUCAAUGGUUCAUCAGUUCUUUUCGAAAAUUCAUAUGUUCUAAUCAAUGUUUUUAACUCGGGUUCGAACAAUGGAGAUGUCAUCACCGAAUUCAACAUGACAUUCUUCGAUUCUUAUCAUAAUUCGAUGUGUACAUUUACACAAGAAAACGUUGCGGGAGAACUUCCUAACUGUGGAUCAGAAGUAUCUAUUGUUCAAUCACCGAACAGCUUGAACGUUGCCUACAAGAAGGCAUCAUUUAGCGCUUGGAUCAAUUAUAAUACAUGGCACGGUGGACACUAUAAAUUCAAUCUAUUCACUACACUGAAUCAUAUCAAUGAUCCUAGUACGACUGGUCUAUGCAUUGAAGGUUGUCCCAGCAAACGAAUGGCUCCGCAACUGUUGCUAACAGAUUCAACCACCGAUCAAGAAAUAGCGACGAGUGCAAUAGCUAGUCAUGUUUGUGAUGCAUAUAUUACAACAGCAGCACAACGUGUUUCUCAAAACAGUCCUGCUGUACAAAUGACACCAGGUUAUCUUCAUGCGGUACGACGAGCGUGUAUCAUUGAUGUUACUGUUACUGGAGAUGCAGAAUUCGCACGAGAUUCUGCUGGUAAUAUCGUAACUGAUAUUUUGACACAUACCAACGAACCUGAUAUCAACAAUAUUAGUCAUCUAGUGCAAGAUGCAACACAAGCCACUCAGCAAGUGUUAGAGCAAACUGAAACACAAGUUCAAACAAUGAUCGAUGGUGCUAUAUGGCCGUGUUCACCAAAUGCACCUGUUUGUAUCAUGCCAUCGUUGAUACGACGAAAGCAAGUUACAGUUUAA